UCAGUAUCGCCGUGGAUUUCGCAAGCUACAGAUGUAAGGAACGCAUUUACCAAACCAGAUUCAAAGGGGAACUCCCAUCCGAAGUGGAAUCAUGACCGACACGGUGGUCCAUGCGGCCACUCCUCCGCCUCACAUACUUGGCUACACCGUUCGUAGUCGCACGCGCAUCUGGGUUUCGUACAUAGUGCCCACUUGUCUUGGGCUGCUGGUGUACAUCGUUCAAACAGCCUCGGAUUUGGCCCUGAGCUACCAGCACUUCAGCCAGAAGGAGCCGGCACUGGGAGCUGGCACCCUGGUCCUGGUGAUCCUACCCCCCGUGAUCACUUUCAUCCUGGUGGCGGCUUCCAAGGAACAGAGGGAUUGCGCCUGCUCGGAACGCAAUAAAUGCGUUGUCCUUGGCAUGGGACUGCUCAAGUUGUUUCUGUUCCCCUUCUUUGUGAUCUUCAGGUUCUGUACGCGCUUGUUUUGGGCCAUCGAGGGACUCUUCCACGACGACGACGAUGUGGAGCGCAUGAAGUGCUUGGCCAAGGCCACACAAACCUCCAACAUUGAGUUGUAUCUAUUUGUUCAGGCCUAUGCCCAGGCAGCUCCACAAAUCAUUCUCCAGCUGUACCACAUGCUCGUCCAGGAUAUGUUCCGCAAUUAUGAGACCUCUGCUGUUCAAUCCUUAUCGCUGGUAUUCUCAGCCAUUGAUCUGGCUGCCAUAACCACCAGUUAUCAUAGGAUGGAAAGCCAGCGGCGGGUGGGUCGCCAUUACCCCUGGGCCACUCCGCAACAGGUGGACAGCCAUCGAUGUCAGCUGGAGCAGAAUGAACGCCUAUGCUGUGAGGCUGAGCGGAAAAAGCGCGAGUCCGAGCGCACCAUCACCAGUUUCCCGGAAUCCGACAAGAUAAUGGAGAACUUUCGGGCCCGCAAGUCAUUGCCCAACUCAGGUGAGGCCACACAUGAGCUGCAUAUUCAGGGAGAAGAUGAGGUGGACAACGAUGCACUGGAGCAACUGGAAACGCGAGCACUACUGCACUCCGGGCCGAUAGAUAAUGCUACCGAUGAGGAGAAGAUACAGGGAACAAGGCCCAGGCUGAAAGUGCGAUACGAGGAUCUGGGGGACUUGGACACCAUCGAGGUGUUGGACAGCAUACCCGAGACACCAGCUCCUCCACCGCCGCCGAAAACUGCACCACCAGAAUUACCCGUUCUGAAGUCAACCGAGGAAGAUCCUCCAACUCCCGACUUGCGACGAACCAUGUCGGACAAUGAGCAUCGAAAGAGCCGUCGGGUCACUAGACCCCUGUCCCAACUGGAAACCUUCAAAGACAUGCUGCUGGUUAAUGCCCAACUGUACAUCAAAGAGAAUGUCCCACAUCCGCCCAAGCUCCUCAUGGGCAGGCUCAAAGACGAGGAUCCCGAGGAGCACACUGUUCUCAUUCCCCAAUCACCCAAACCAUCACCUCUAACUCCCAAGGACGUGGUGGACUUUUAUUUCCCGCGACCCACCAAAAUAGUGAAUGGAAUCCAACAGGAUGAUUUCGCGGGCAGGACGGUGUCCUUCUUCGGAUGGAUUGCCUUUAUCACCAUGAGAAUGCUUUCGUUGUCCACUUUCUGUGUCUUCUAUCCGAAGGCAUUCUUCAUCUUGGUGGGCGUACACUAUGCCCUGAUGCUGGGCUGCCUGGCAUUGGAAACCCGUUGUCGUGGUAGUUGGAGUCGAAGCCUGUUCCUACUUCUUCUCGCCUACAUCUAUAUAUUUGUGUUAAUGGAAUUCCGGGUGUCCUUCAAGAACAUUCGAUUGUGGUAUGGUGGAUACCUGGUGCUCAAGCUCGUCGAGAACAUUACCAUAUCGUCCAUUUGGUAUGCAAACGAGGAGUUUGAGUCCUGGUGGUUCGGUUUCAUCUGGGAGUGGAUCGUUUACAGUGGAAUACUAUUUCUGGCCACUUUAAUCGUUUACUACUGUAUACUCCGACCCAAGGAAGUAUCGCUCAUCGUGGAGGACGAUUCCCCGCAAAGGGAUCAACAGGAAAGUCCUGGGGACCAGGCCGUUGCCUAGCAAUUUCCGGCUAGUU